AUACAGUGUUCGUUCUGUUGAGCCGGCUGUUCUCGCGAGAGAGGAGCCUCCCUUCCCGUUAGCCUGUGUGAGAGCCAACGCGCGACCCCUUCGACUGGAGACAUCGCGCCGCUAUCCAGUUCAACCACGAUACUCCGGAAAAGUGUCGGUUAAAGUGCUCAUUCACGUGACUAUAUCCACCGGCUACGCGGGUUCCUACGGAAAAUGGCAUCCGGAGUGACAGUCGCAGACGUAUGCAAGACAACGUACGAGGAAAUAAAGAAAGAUAAAAAGCACCGCUAUGUAAUUUUCUACAUCAAAGACGAGAGACAGAUAGACGUCGAAGUCAUCGGACCUCGCGACGCAGCUUAUGACGCCUUCCUCGAAGAUUUGCAGAAAGGUGGUGCCGGGGAAUGCCGUUACGGUCUCUUCGAUUUUGAAUACACUCAUCAGUGUCAGGGUACAUCCGAGGCUUCCAAGAAACAAAAGUUGUUUUUGAUGUCGUGGUGUCCCGACACGGCUAAAGUCAAGAAGAAGAUGUUGUACUCGAGUUCUUUCGACGCUCUGAAAAAAUCGCUGGUUGGUGUGCAAAAGUACAUACAAGCAACGGAUCUGUCGGAGGCCUCCGAGGAGGCUGUCGAGGAGAAACUUCGAGCCACCGACAGAAAUUAGGAUUAUUCCAGCGAAUCCCCAAAUUACUACUACAAAAUAUGAAAAAAAAAAAAAA